GGGGUGGUUGCUUUACUAUCGGCGGCGACGACGGCAGCAGCAUGACGACGCAUAUGCUCAAGCUCGUACUGUGUGUCUGCAUGGCACUUGUGGCUCAACUCGCGCAAUCUGAUCCCCGCGAGAGCGAGACCAGCAUUGGCUUUGAUGACGGCGACCUGAACACGCAGUCCCUUGUCCACACCAAGCGCGGGUACUCUUUGGACUUGGAACACUCCAUUUCCAUCGAUGGCGCUGUGGGUGGCUUCUCUUCCCGUGGUGAAGUGGCCAUCGACUUUGAGCGCGCCAGGCCCACGGUCACCUUCCCCAACAAGGUCGUUCUGAACGAUGCCCAGCGCGCCGCUUUCCAAAAAUUGUCGUCACAGAAUGGUUUCUACACGGUCCGAGCUCGAUCCCAGCCUGGGAACCCCAAGUCCGCGUACGUCAUGGCCAGUGUGCCUGUGUGCUUUUUGGUGAAAAACCGAUUCCGUGAAGACUUCUCUUUCCAUGUGAACGACGUCGGCCACCUCAUCAGCAUCGAAUUCCGCACGCCGUCCAUUUCCCCCGCCGAGUGCGCCAGUGUUGGCAAGCGCGUGAUCAAAGACGCGAGCUUCUCCAGCACCGGCUCGGUCGCCGUGCCGAUCGACGGCCCCGAAGUUCCGCGAAUCAUUGCCGCUUCUACCGCCGCUAAAGUCGCGAUUCCCCCCGGUGUGCAACCCGUCCGCGACGAAAACGCGCCUCCUGCCGAGGAAUCCCAGAGUUUCUUCCGCAAAUAUUGGUACAUCAUCGUGCCUGUGCUCGUGUUUCUGGUUAGCAGCGGGGGGGACGCCGCCCCUGCCGCCGCCGGGGCCGCUACCCCCGUCGCCGGUGGACGCCGAUAAGGCCACAUGAUGCUGUCCCGAGUUCAACGAUCUCAAUCUAACGAACAAAAAGUGAUAUUGGACUGGCG